CAGAUCGAUGUUAUUGGCUGGCAGGCCAGCUCCGUGUAACACGUGGUUGUAUGCGGCGAUCAGAUCGCUUGGAGGAGACAAGUCUGCAGUCGUAUCUUGUCCUCAGCUAUGGCGCAGAUCCAGGCACGGUUCUUCACCCAGAAUAAGAAGUAUGAAAUCGACGAUGUCCCAUUUUCUAUUCCCGCUUCCUCCGAGAUUACGGACCUGAGCAAUAUUAUCAACAAAGUGCUUGAAAGCAAAUAUGAAAAUCACACACAUGUGGAGUUUGACUUCCUUGUCAAGAGCCAGUUCCUGCGGCUCCCACUUAUCAAGCAUAUGGAUGCCGAGGGAAUGUCUACAGAAGAGGUUGUUGAAAUUGAAUAUGUGGAGAAGAUCACAGCCCCCCAACCUGAAGAAUGCAUGCUUCAUGAUGACUGGGUCAGCUCUAUUGCAGGAAGUGAAGAGUGGAUUCUAACUGGCUCAUAUGACAAGACCAGUAGGAUUUGGUCAGUAGAGGGAAAGCCACUUAUGACAAUUGCAGGCCACAGUGAGGUUGUGAAGGACGUGGCUUGGAUCAAAAAAGAUGGCCUGACAUGCUUGCUUCUGAGCGCUUCAAUGGACCAGACCAUACUCUUAUGGGAAUGGAAUGCAGAGCGGAACAAAGUGAAGGCGCUUCAUUGCUGCAGAGGUCAUGCUGGUAGUGUGGACUCCAUAGCUGUGAAUGGAUCAGGAACCAAAUUUUGCAGUGGUUCAUGGGACAAGAUGUUGAAGAUUUGGUCAGCAGUUCCGACAGAUGAAGAAGAUGAAGCAGAGGAGAACCCAAACCACCCAAGAAAGAAGCAAAAAACUGAACAGCUUGGACUAACACGAACUCCCUUAGUCACCCUGUCUGGUCACAAUGAAGCUGUUUCCUCAGUGUUAUGGUCUGAUGCUGAUGAGAUCUGCACUGCAUCAUGGGACCACACUAUCAAAGUUUGGGAUGUUGAAGCUGGAGAAGCCAAAGCCACUCUGACAGGAAAUAAGGUAUUUAAUUGCAUCUCUUACUCACCGCUGUGCAGACGCCUUGCAUCUGGAAGUACUGACAGACAUAUCCGACUUUGGGAUCCACGAACUAAAGAUGGCUCUCUGGUUUUGCUCUCUUUGACAUCACACACAGGAUGGGUCACCGCAGUAAAAUGGUCACCAACUAAUGAACAGCAGAUCGUGUCUGGAUCUCUUGAUAAUGUAGUGAAACUCUGGGACACCAGAAGUUGUAAAGCUCCUCUUUAUGAUCUAGCUGCUCAUGAAGACAAAGUGCUCAGCGUGGACUGGACAGAAGCUGGGCUGAUCUUAAGUGGAGGAGCAGACAACAAACUGUACUCGUACAGAUAUACAGCGCCACCUUCAGACGUGGGAGCAUGAUCUUUUACUUCUAUCUAGUCGUUUACAAUGGUAGCAUAGAGAUUUAUCAAUUGUACAAAAUCACAUGCAAAUGGACUUGUUAGACUUCCUUGUUUUAUUACUGCAUUAUCUUUGUACAGAAUCAAAAUGUAUGUUUAUAUGCUGCUACAUUUUGUAAAUUAAAAUACAGAAUUU